CAAGAAUGACCGUACACAAAAGUGGACCACACUGUUAAGCUAUUCUGCUCGGCAACCGUUGUAGAACUUAAGCAGCCUGUAGAGUACAAAUCGCCAACAAUUGUACAGUUAAUGAGCCUCUUUGAGCCGCUUGAAAACCCAAGAAAAACCAUGACUCACAAAAAAUUUGGGCAUGUGCUGGUUGAAAGCUACCCAAUCGACUAUUGACCGCUAAGAACAGUACAUGACUGAAUAGGCGUUCUUCAGAAGAGCUCAGAGAAGUGAAGUGUUCAAGUGUCAAAAGGAGUUGGAUAGGGACAGUCUCUGUUGCAUAACUGGGGAACAGACUCAAAGGGCUGCAAAAAAGGAGGAUCAGAUCACAAGAAGUCUAUUGUGAAGUAAACGACUCUUCACCCGUCGACAAACCAUCAGAGCAAAUUUUGAACCAAGGGGUUAGCCCUGCUGAAUCGUCAACUAAAGCUGCUGACGGACCCUUGAGGGCAGUUAAUUGAUCAAGUUACUCUAUCUGAAAACAACUUCAAGUCUGGUAGCUUCAGGGCAGGUUUUUGACCUUAUCAUAUCUUGGCGGCGUUUACGAUGCAUGUUGCAACUCUAAGAGUAGUCCUAUGUCUUAUGGUUUGCUCCGAUGUUCGGCUAGCCAGCAGCGAAAAACCCCAAAUUGAUUCAAUAGUUCAAUCGGAAUUAGUGCGCAAAGCCCGUGAAAUCAGGCAACAUCGUCGAGUCCGUCAAGCGGAUCAACCUGGUCUGAACCAAGAAGAAACCAAAUGCAGAUACAAAAUCGCCCUGCUAGAUUUUCCUCCUUACAUAAUGAACCAAAGUAUUCAGCAAGGAUUUAUGAAGAAUACCCUGACAUGGUUUGUGGACAGUGCUUGCUUUGUUAGAAAAUCAAACGAUCCCAUUGCUUGCAUAAUGGAGCCAGUAUUUGUUCAAACUCAAGAUGAGAUGGUGAAGUUGAUUAAGAAUAACUCGGUUGAUUUUGGAUUUCCAGUUCUAUCGGAUGCAAGGCAAAAACUUACGGGUCUAAAAAGUGUGACACUCAUCCGGGCAUUUGUAUCAUCCGGGUGUUCAAUGAUCGUGAACUUGAAGCAGUGCGAAGCUGAAUCACGGGAACAGUUAUUGACCUCCAUAACGUCACAAUGGCCAAUACUGGCUUGUAUCAUAUUGCUUUCAGGGAUAUCUGGUGUAAUUAUUUGGCUCUUGGAACACCGCUCAAACGCAGCUCACUUUUCACCCUCGUUCACGUUAGGCUCACCAGAUGGCUUUUGGUGGGCAGUAGUAUCACUUACAACAGUGGGGUAUGGUGAUAAGACGCCUAAAACCCUCUGUGGACGUGCAUUUGGUAUCAUGUGGAUCCUGAUAGGAGCGAUAAUGCUAUCGUUGUUCACCGCCUUAUUUACGAAUGCUAUGCAAGCUUCCUUGGAUGGUACAAGAUGUAGGGACAUUGGUGGCAAAGACGUGGGUGUGUCAAACAAGAAUCCUGAAACACAUAUAGUCGCUAAGGAGCUAGAUGCAGACUUUUUCAAGUUUAAAAACCUGGACGAAAUGCAAAGACACCUAAGCCAAGGAAAAAUUGGAAGAGUACUGGUGGAUCGCAACACUGCAUUUUACUUUUUGGAUAAAUCUGGUUUGAAACGAAACAGGCAAAUCCGAAUGAUUCGAAACAUUGAUUAUCCAAUGGAGUACUACCUGGCUCAUGUGAGCCGUGAAGUAAUGCCAGCUUCAUCGGUGUCACCGAAUGACACGGACGAAUCCGAAGACGACGUAUUGCAAAGAAAAAAUGACCUUUCAAUUUGUGGAGAAAGUCUGAAAGCACUAUCACCGGAUUUGGUUGCAGUUGCAAAAGACACUGCCAAAGAAAAUCUUAUACCAGCCGAAUUGCAGACAGCGGACUUGUCCGAUGAAAUGGAAGGAUUAUUCUCCACUGGCUCACAAAUGACCAAGUACAUUUUGUUUGCGCUAUUGGGAAUAUUUGCUGUAUUAAUAAUCAUGGGUAAACUAUGGGAAGUUUACACCAAUUGUAAGCCAACAGUGCGAAAGAAGAGAAAAGGU